CCCGCGGCCUCCCGCGCGCCCCGCCGCCGGCGCCGGCACAUGGAGGCGGCCGAGGAGCCCGCGCGCGGCCCGGGAGGCCGGGAGCCCAGCCCCGAGCGCCGCGCGCCGCGCUGCCUGCCGCCGGCCGACCUCCGGCGGGAGCUGCGGGCGCUGCUGCUGCUGGCGGGCCCCGCGUUCCUGGCCCAGCUGAUGGUGUUUCUCAUCAGUUUCGUAAGCUCCGUGUUCUGUGGGCACCUGGGGAAGCUGGAACUGGACGCCGUCACGCUGGCGAUUGCCGUGAUCAACGUCACUGGUGUCUCGGUGGGGUUCGGCUUGUCCUCUGCUUGUGACACCCUCAUGUCCCAGACGUUCGGGAGCCAGAACAAGAAGCACGUGGGGGUCGUCCUGCAGCGGGGCGCGCUGGUGCUGCUGCUGUGCUGCCUCCCCUGCUGGGCGCUCUUCCUCAACACCCAGCACCUCCUGCGGCUGUGCAGGCAGGACCCGGCCGUGGCCAGGCUAACCCAGACCUACGUCACCAUCUUCGUUCCAGCUCUUCCUGCAACCUUCCUUUACACGUUGCAGGUGAAGUAUCUGCUCAACCAGGGCAUCGUCCUGCCCCAGAUCGUGACUGGCAUGGCCGCCAACGUGGUCAACGUCCUCGCCAACUACCUGCUGCUCUGCCAGCUGCAUCUUGGGGUGAUGGGCUCGGCGCUGGCCAACACGCUUUCCCAGUUCACCCUGGCUCUGCUCCUCUUUCUCUACAUCCUGGGGAAGAGACUGCAUCAGGACACCUGGGGAGGGUGGUCCUGGGAGUGCCUGCAGGACUGGGGCCACUUCUUCCGCCUGGCUGUGCCCAGCAUGCUAAUGCUGUGCGUCGAGUGGUGGGCCUACGAGAUCGGCAGCUUCCUGAGCGGCGUCCUCGGCAUGGUGGAGCUGGGAGCCCAGUCCAUCGUGUACGAGCUGGCGGUCAUCGUGUACAUGGUCCCGACGGGCUUCAGCGUGGCUGCCAGCGUCCGGGUGGGGAACGCGCUGGGGGCCGGGAACAUCGAGCAGGCCAAGAGGUCCUCCACUGUCUCCCUGGUGGUCACAGAACUCUUUGCUGUCAUCUUUUGUGUCCUGCUGUUAAGCUGUAAGGACAUCGUGGGCUACAUUUUCACCACCGACCGAGAAAUCAUCGCUCUGGUGGCCCAGGUGGUCCCGAUUUAUGCAGUUUCCCAUCUGUUCGAAGGGCUCGCCUGCACCUGCGGCGGCAUCUUGCGGGGAAGCGGGAACCAGAAGGCUGGAGCCAUCGUGAACGCCGUCGGGUACUACGUGGUUGGCCUCCCUGCUGGGAUCUCGCUCAUGUUUGCGGCCGGACUUGGAGUGAUGGGUCUGUGGUCCGGGAUUGUCCUCUGUACCACCUCGCAGGCUGUGUGUUUUCUAGGCUUUAUUGCCCGGCUGGAUUGGAAAAAAGCCUGUCGGCAGGCUCAGGUACAUGCCAAUUUGAAACGAAAUGUGGCCCAGGACAGGAGUGCCGCUCUCUCUCAGGACCUACUUUGCCCAGCGGGCCCUGAAAACCACGGAGGACUGUUGAUAAGAGAUGCUGACAAAAAAGAGGAGACUCAGUUGGAUCAGCAGACGUGCCAAGAAGAGCAUCUUGAGGCUCACCCGAGGGCCGCGGGGAAGGUGUCCGGGAGACAGCUGGUGCUCCGGCGAGGGCUCCUGCUCCUGGGGGCCGCCGUCACCCUGCUGGUGGGGGUUCUAGUGAGAGUCUGUGUCAGGGUUCAGUGACGGGCGAGAGGGAGAGAAAGUCAGGCCAAGGGGUGCUACUGAGCUUAGAACAAAACUUCACUGGCCCAAAGGUGGCCAUUGGUUUUCAGUUAAUGUUAUUCAGCUGUGCCCCUGGAAUGUCAAGGACUGAGAGUUCCAGGAUACGUUUUCUGAUGAAGGAAAGGAACGAAGGUAAAAAGGACGGGCUAGUCCGAGACGACGUCUGGAGGAUGUCAUCCACCACCGUUUCACCCGAGGACCACUGUGUACCAGCUGCAUCGAUGUAUGGCUUUGAUAUUUCUUCCGCUUACUGUUUUUUUUUAGACACAAAAACCCAUAUACCAAGCACUUAAGGAUU